AUGACAUUCGGUACAUCAGACGAGAGUCUUCCACACAUCCCUCUACGUCCUUUCCGAAACCAAGUUGGCGGCCACAGUGCGAUAUAUAGAUUUACCAAGCGUGCUGUGUGCAAGCCUCUGGUUUCAAGAGAAAAUCAGUUUUAUGAAGCUGUUGAGCGAGAAGCACCCCCAUUACUUGGAUUCAUUCCACGUUAUCUUGGUGUGAUGCUUGUCACUUACCGACGCGUAUCCAAAGGCUCAUUACCAGCCACCAACUUGAGUGUACCAGACACACAUGCUCCCCAUCCCCAUCCCGCCCACCCAUCAUCUCCUGACUUUCACACAUCUAAUUCCUACCCUUCUCGUCCCACUCAGGGGUCAACAUUGCACCCCGCUCAGUUUCUGGAAGACGAUGAUGUAUCAAGUCAUGAAACAUCCGAUGAAAUGCCCGAAGUGGUGCUUGACCGCAAUCGCCACAUUAUUCCUGAAUGGGUUCUCCAUCUUGACGGGCCGAAACACGAUCGUCCCAUCUCGUUCUCUUACCCGCCAUCUUACCGUAAAUUUCCUGAUACUCCCAGACAUCUCACGUCCAUGCGCGGUGUGAUUGCGUCAACACCUGACCUUACGCGGCCAGAGCCUUCAUUAGUGCAGUGCAACCCUCUCCUGCGUCAGGCUACCAUGCCCCUUCAGGGGGAGCCGCCUCCACCUUCCAACUCGCCUGAAUGCUCUUCAGGCGUCCUUCCGUCCUCGCCAUUUGCGGACCCCCAUUCAGCUCAUCGUACGUUAGUGCCGGAGGGAAUUCACCCGCAGUCCUUACGACCUUUCCUUUCCGAGUCGGGGAUCGGGCAGCAACAAGGAACCCCUAGUUGGUUUGGGGGAACAGGGUUAACGAUGGUCAACACAAAGCUCAAGGAUCACGUUUUUAACACCAUUCUCCGCAGAUUCCAGCGUCGGAAUCGCGCUAAGUGGUCCACGAAGACAGAAGAUGAGGGUGAGAUGGCUGAUCAUGAGGGUCGUCCGAUUUCCUCUGCCCGACGCACUCGCUCACAUCGUCGGAGGCACCCUGUGGGACCAGCAGAGAGGCCGAAAGGAGAGGAAGGAAGUCACCUGUUUCCCUCCGUUCUUCCGCGUGUCCAGAGUGAGUCUGCUAUGGACUCGAUGUAUGCACAAGAAAGUACUAGCGACGGGGAUUCUGUUACGCUUGAAGAUCACAACCAACCUGACCUCCCUCCCUCCCCCACAAGACAUCGGAGUCGGUCACGAUCUCUCGGAUUUUCUACUCCUGUAACACCUGUUUCAAGUAAACCUCCAUCCACAUUCAACUUUGACGACUCGAUCACGCGUCAAAACCAUUUCAUUUGCAUGGAAGAUUUGACCGGUCGGUUGAAGCGUUCGUGUGUCCUUGACUUGAAGAUGGGGACACGACAGUAUGGCAUGGACGCGACGCUCGCCAAAAAGAAGAGUCAACGGAAGAAGUGUGACUGUACGACGAGCAGACCCCUAGGCGUCCGGGUUUGUGGUAUGCAGGUGUGGAACAACGCCACGCAAGCAUACGUGACCCAAGAUAAGUACAGGGGUCGAGACGUAAAAGCUGAAGAAUUUGAGUCGGUGUUGGCGUCUUUCCUGCAAGAUGGGGAACGUCUCCUCGUCUGGCAGAUUCCUAUUCUUCUCCAGAAGCUUUAUACUCUAGCUCGGAUCAUCAAUCGUCUGAAGGGCUUCAGGUUCUACGGCUGCAGUCUCCUCCUUAUCUAUGACGGAGAUCGUGAGGCACAAGAAGCGUUCCGAACGUGCGCUCUAGAGCACCCUUCAUCCCGUAGUAAGCGUGGAGAGUCGUUGGAGCGGUCCAGUACGCGGUCCAGCGCCAGUGACGAGCGGCCUUUAUUGCGCCGUACUCAUAGCGAAGACCUGCUCGUUGGUCCAGUUGGCAAGCGUUCCAGCGGGAAGCGAAAGCGCGGCGAAGUUAAUGUCCGUAUCGUCGAUUUCGCGCAUACAACUACUGGGCGCGAUUGGCUUCCUUAUCCUGCGCCCGCAGGUCGCGAUAUCAUCCAUCAGGUGUCAAGCUCUAAGGGUUAUCAAGCUGAAGUGGAUGUGGAAACGGGGCUGAUAUAUGCUCGGUUUCCCCCCCACUUCCCCGAAGAGCCUGAUCGCGGGUUCCUGUUCGGGUUGAAGAGCCUUACGGAGGCCCUCGAGAACAUCUGGAAUGAAGAACGUGUUUGCAGGAUCAAAGCUUCGCGGGAUGAUCCGUCUGCUGACACCAACGAGCUUCCUCCUCUGUCCGGUGAUGGCAAAGAGAUUUUUGAUGAAAUCUUCAGCCGCUUAGAUGAUGAAGAUCCCGGCAUGCUCUCCACCUGA